AUGGACACGAAGGCUGCCCAGAUCAACGACGCCUGGAUUGUGGACAACGGAUGUGCUCAGCACGUCUGUAACAAUGCCAUGGGAUUCGUCAAGAUGGACAAAUAUGAUGGUCCACCGUUCCGAAGUGUCGAUACCUCAAUGGCGCCUUCUGGCAUAGGAGUGACAAACUUUUGUGCAAUGGCGGUAGACUCAUGA